AUGAGCGCUGUCAGCAAGCUGGUCUUGACGGCAGUCCUCAGCCUUAGCCUCAUAGCUACCACGAUCGAUGCUCACAGCUGGGUUGAGCAACUCAUGGUUAUUGCACCGAAUGGCACCUUUAUCGGUUCUCCAGGAUAUGCAAGAGGAAACGUGCUGCGUACUGCUCCUGGAUUCAGUGACCCUACGAUGGUAUACCUGCUACCUCCAGACGACCGGGCGAAUGUGAUCUAUCCGACCGACCCGAUGUGCAAAGACACACAGCGGACGAGAAAUCAAACAGUCGGCAGCCCCAGACUACGAGCUGCGCCUGGUGCUGCUAUUGCGCUUCGUUACCAAGAAAACGGCCAUGUCACUCUCCCAUGGAAUCAACCGGGAAAGCCCGAGAAUCGAGGCACUCUAUACGUGUACGGAACGACACAACCACGGGAAAACGACACUUUCUUGGGAAUUCAUAAGGUAUGGAACCAAAACGGAACUGGGGGUGACAGGCGAGGAGUUCUGCUCUCUGUCCAGAAUUUCGACGAUUCGCGUUGUUACCAAAUCAACAACGGCAACAUCUCGACCCACCGCCAAGCUGUAUUUCCUCACCAAGCGAACCAGCUUAUGGGGGCGGACCUCUGGUGUCAACAAGACAUUGCCUUGCCCAGUGAUGCACCCACUGGGAAGCCAUAUACUCUCUAUUGGGUUUGGGAUUGGCCGACCUUGCCCAAUAUUGACCCCAACCUGCCAAAGGGAAAGCUUGAGAUGUAUACCACCUGCAUGGAUAUUGACGUUGUGGAGAGUCCCAAGGUCCAUAACAAGUUGGUCGCAAAUUAUGAUAAGGACCAGUCCCUCAACGAAGCCGCCAUCCCUGGUCAAUUUUCAGAAAUCUUUGAUGCCCAGCGGUCUGAGAGACCUACAAGUCCUCCCGACUGCAACUCGACUGUACCUUCUGCGACAGUUCCGCCUGCGAAGCAAUCACCAGCGACAACAUCGAUGUCUACGAAUGCAGGAACUCCACACCUGUCGUUCGUCACUGUCACAAAGACAGUUACAGAAAGUCGCUGUGUCCAGACUUCUGAGACCAACGACAAACGUGACGUUGGGGAGGGGGAGGUUGAGAUGACCGUUCCAUUCUAUAAAUCUCCACGUCUACCUCCAAGAGUUGGUGGUAGACCAGUUCUUUGA